AUGCAUCCUGGAGGGGAUAAGUUGUAUAAGGACAUGAAGAAGAUAUUUUGGUGGCCCAAUAUGAAGAGAGAAGUGGCUGAAUUUGUGACUAAGUGUUUGACAUGCCAGAAGGUGAAGAUUGAGCAUCGCAGGCCUCAAGAAAAGGUCCAAUCCUUGGAGGUGCCCAAGUGGAAAUGGGAUUCAAUUUCUAUGGAUUUUGUGGGAGCUUUGCCAAAGACCAAGGCAGGAAAUGACACUAUUUGGGUGAUAGUGGACAGGUUGACGAAGUCAGCAGCGUUCAUACCCAUGAGAAGUAAUUGGACCAUGGAUCAGUUAGGAAGAGCUUAUGUGAAAUGGUUAGACAGAAAGAACGAUUCAGACCACUUGGAUUUGAUAGAGUUCUCUUAUAACAACAAUUACCAUGUAAGCAUUGGGAUGGCACCGUUUGAAGCUUUGUAUGGUCGAAAGUGUAGAAGUCCAAUAUGUUGGAAUGAUAUAAGUGAGACUAUGGUUCUUGGACUUGAGAUGAUUGAGAAUAUGGUGAAGCAGGUUAAGUUGAUCCAAGAAAAGAUUAAAGCGGCCCAAGAUCGACAAAAGAGUUAUGUUGAUCUGAAAAAGGAGGGAAGAGGAAUACGAAGUAGGAGAAAAGGUUUUGUUAAAAAUUUCACCCAUGAAAGGUGUGAUAAGAAAGUGGGAAAAGUGGCUUAUAAGUUGGAUUUGCCUAACGAGCUUGAAAGGGUUCACAAUGUGUUCCAUGUGAGCCAAAUCCGAAAGUAUAUUCCUGAUGUGACACAUGUGUUACAACCAGAAACAAUUGAGAUGGAUGAGAAUUUGACUUAUGAGGAAAGACCAAUAAAGAUUCUUGACUCUAAGGUCAGGACCACAAGGAACAAGGAUGUGAGCAUUGUGAAAGUAUUGUGGUCAAAUCAGAACACUAAAGAGGCUACAUGGGAAGCUGAGGCUGAUAUGAGGAGACGUUACCCAGAACUGUUUGCCUAA